CACCCGCGGGGACAGUCGGUGAUUCCCGGUUUGGCCCUUCCCGCCCGCCCCCGCUGCCCUGAGAGCGCUCUGGGGGUGUCGCGGCGUUUUCCUCCCGGCGUGUCCCCCCGGUGUCCCCCCGGUGUCCCCCCGGUGUCCCCAGGCCAGGCGGUCUCGGUGCCCCACGGCCACCCCGGGCCCGUCCCUCGCGUGGGUUUAAGGCCGCUCUCAGUGAGGAGGUGGGGCCGGGCCGGGCCCCCGAACCUUCCCCGGGCCGCUCCGGGCCCCGCGGCCGCAGGAACGGGAAGUGAGGGGUGGGAGAAGCGGGAAGGCCUCGCCGGAGGUGUUGGGGAUCCCCCCCUGGAGCACGGGAACCCCCCGGAACUGAGUGGAAAAAAGGGGGAAAAGAGUGAAAAAGCAUCCGAGGAGCUGGCGGCCACCGGGGACAGCGGGGUCCCCUCGGCGUGUCCGCAGCGGGAUCGGGACACGGCGCUCCCGGGAUGCGGGGACGGUGGAGCCGAGACCCCACGGAAUUCUUCGGCUGCUUCCGUGGAUUCCCAGAGGAGCGGCGAGGCCCUGGAUGGUUUUCCCCUGAAGCAUUCCAACACCUUGACCAACAGACAGAGAGGCAACGAGGUGUCAGCGCUGCCAGCCACGCUGGACACCCUGUCCAUCCACCAGCUCGCUGCCCAAGGGGAGCUCAUCCAGCUGAAGGAGCACCUGAGGAAAGGUGAGAAUUUGGUGAACAAACCUGACGAGAGAGGCUUCACCCCCCUGAUCUGGGCUGCAGCUUUUGGGGAGAUCGAGACCGUCCGGCACCUCCUGGAGUGGGGUGCUGAUCCCCACGUGCUGGCCAAGGAGAGGGAGAGCGCCCUGGCCCUGGCCAGCAUGGGCGGCUACACCGACAUUGUCACCCUGCUGCUGGACAGGGACGUGGACAUCAACACCUACGACUGGAACGGGGGCACCCCCCUGCUCUACGCCGUGCGUGGGAACCACGUCAAGUGUGUGGAGGCCCUGCUGGAUGGGGGUGCUGACCUGACCGAGGAGGCGGAUUCGGGGUACACCCCCAUGGACCUGGCCGUGGCCUUGGGACACAAGAAAGAAAACAAGAGGGAAAACAGUGACCAGAUCCUUCCCAGAGCAGCUUCCCCGAAUUCCAGCCCUUUCCCUGCCUCAGUCCAACAGGUGAUCGAGAAUCACAUCCUGAAGCUGUUCCAGAACAAGAAGAAAAAGAAGAAAUGAGGCUCCAGCUCUUCCCAGGCUCACCACGGCCUCACCCCAGCCUGGAACAGCCUCCAGCCAUGGAAAAAUCCAGGAAUUUCAGCCCUCCGUGGAUCCAAGCCUCUCCUAAAACCCAAGGACCUAAAUCCCAGCCCUGGCUGGGUUCAGCUGCUCCGUGUUUUCUUGUUGGAAUUCAGUUUUUAAUUGGAAUUAAACUUGGGAGCAGCUCUGUGGAGCUCUAUCUGCUUCCUCAGCCCAUCUCAA